AGCCGCAGCUACCGCGUAAACCUCUUCUCCGAGCCACCGCCGGCCGCCUGGGAGAAGCCGGCGUUGCUCUUGGCGGCGGCUUCGGGCGGAGCAGGGUGAAGAGGAGGCCGGGGUGGCGGGAGGCCGGCGGGGCCGGCGCGGGAGGCGAAGACUCAUGCCAUGGCCACAGAUGAGAAGAGCUCCCCGACACUGGAGUCUGCCCGCCAUCCGCCCCACUCGACCACUAGUCCGUCUCACCUCACGCAUUUCAAACCCUUGACCCCUGACCAGGAUGAGCCCCCCUUCAAGUCAGCAUACAGUUCUUUUGUAAAUCUUUUCCGUUUUAACAAAGAGAGGGGAGAAGGGGGCCAAGGAGAGCAGCCGUCUCCGAGUGCAGGUUGGUCCAGCCCUCAGAUCCCUUCGAGGACACAGUCUGUGAAGUCGCCUGUACCUUAUAAAAAGCAGCUUAACGAGGAGCUCCAGCGGCGCUCUUCAGUGCUAGCAGAGAACACUUUGCCACAUCCCCAGGAGAACACAGACUCAAGAAGGAAAGUAGAACCAGCCUUUGGAGGUCAUGACCCACGUACAGCUGUUCAGCUUCGAAGCCUCAGCACAGUAUUGAAGCGCCUCAAGGAAAUCAUGGAAGGGAAGAGCCAGGACAGUGACCUGAAGCAGUACUGGAUGCCAGACAGCCAGUGCAGAGAGUGCUACGACUGCAGUGAGAAAUUCACCACCUUCAGGCGCAGGCACCACUGCAGACUGUGUGGACAGAUUUUCUGUAGUCGUUGUUGUAAUCAAGAAAUCCCUGGAAAGUUUAUGGGCUACACAGGAGACCUCCGAGCAUGCACAUACUGCAGGAAAAUAGCCUUAAGCUAUGCUCAUUCCACAGACAGCAGCUCCAUUGGGGAAGACUUGAAUGCUCUUUCAGAUUCAACUUGCUCUGUGUCCACACUUGAUCCCAGUGAACCUCGGACACCUGUUGGGAGCAGAAAAGCUAGUCGUAACAUAUUUUUAGAGGAUGAUUUAGCCUGGCAAAGCUUGGCCCAUCCGGACUCCUCAAGCAGCGCCCUUUCAACAAGACUCGCUUCUGUCCAGGAGGACGCCGGGAAGUCUCCCGCGCGGAACAGAUCAGCCAGCAUUACUAAUCUGUCACUGGAUCGAUCUGGUUCUCCUAUGGUUCCUUCAUAUGAGACAUCUGUCAGUCCCCAGGCUAACCGAACCUACGUUAGAACAGAGACUACUGAGGAUGAACGCAAAAUUCUUCUGGACAGUGUCCAGCUAAAAGAGCUGUGGAAGAAGAUCUGCCAUCACAGCAGCGGGAUGGAGUUCCAGGAUCACCGCUACUGGCUGAGAACACAUCCCAACUGCAUUGUUGGAAAGGAGUUAGUCAACUGGCUAAUCAGAAAUGGACACAUUGCUACAAGGGCACAAGCGAUAGCAAUUGGACAAGCGAUGGUUGAUGGACGUUGGCUGGAUUGUGUCAGUCAUCACGACCAGCUUUUCAGGGACGAGUAUGCUCUGUACAGACCGUUGCAGAGUACCGAGUUUUCUGAAACACCUUCUCCGGACAGCGACUCGGUGAACUCUGUGGAAGGACACUCUGAACCAUCCUGGUUUAAAGACAUAAAAUUUGAUGAUAGUGACACAGAACAGAUUGCUGAAGAAGGCGACGAUAAUUUGGCUAAUUCUGCCAGUCCUAGCAAGCGCACCUCAGUCAGCAGUUUCCAGUCCACAGUGGACAGUGACUCAGCCGCUUCUAUCAGCCUGAACGUGGAGCUGGACAACGUGAACUUCCAUAUCAAGAAGCCCUCCAAGUACCCACAUGUGCCCCCUCACCCUGCUGACCAAAAAGAGUAUUUGGUUUCUGACACUGGAGGACAGCAGCUCUCAAUAAGUGAUGCCUUCAUCAAAGAAUCUUUGUUUAAUCGUCGAGUAGAGGAAAAAUCCAAAGAACUGCCUUUUACCCCUUUGGGCUGGCAUCAUAACAACCUGGAGCUCUUGCGGGAGGAGAAUGAGGAGAAGCAAGCCAUGGAAAGGCUGCUCUCAGCUAAUCAUAACCACAUGAUGGCACUCCUCCAGCAGUUGCUUCACAACGAUUCAUUGUCAUCGUCUUGGAGGGACAUCAUUGUGUCCCUAGUCUGCCAGGUUGUUCAGACAGUCCGACCUGAUGUUAAGCACCAGGAUGAUGACAUGGAUAUCCGCCAGUUUGUCCACAUCAAGAAGAUUCCAGGUGGAAAGAAAUUUGAUUCUGUGGUUGUCAAUGGCUUUGUCUGUACCAAGAACAUUGCACAUAAAAAGAUGAAUUCUUGUAUUAAAAAUCCCAAAAUCCUUCUGUUGAAGUGUUCCAUUGAGUAUCUCUAUAGAGAAGAAACUAAGUUUACUUGCAUUGAUCCUAUUGUGCUUCAGGAAAGGGAAUUCUUGAAGAAUUAUGUUCAACGGAUAGUUGAUGUUCGACCCACAUUGGUUCUAGUUGAGAAAACAGUAUCUCGGAUUGCUCAGGACAUGUUACUGGAACAUGGCAUUACUCUGGUCAUUAAUGUAAAGUCACAAGUUUUAGAACGAAUCAGUCGAAUGACCCAAGGUGAUUUAGUGGUGUCCAUGGACCAGCUGCUCACUAAACCACAUCUGGGCACUUGCCACAAAUUUUAUAUGCAGAUAUUUCAGUUACCCAAUGAACAAACCAAAACACUGAUGUUUUUUGAAGGCUGUCCACAGCACCUAGGAUGUACAAUCAAGCUCAGAGGAGGCUCCGAUUAUGAGCUGGCUCGAGUUAAGGAGAUCCUAAUAUUUAUGAUCUGUGUAGCUUAUCAUUCUCAACUAGAAAUCUCCUUUCUCAUGGAUGAGUUUGCUAUGCCUCCAACUUUAAUGCAAAGCCCUUCAUUCCAUUCUCUGUCUGAGGGCCGAGGGGAAGAGGGAGUGCCUCAGGAGCAGUACAGUGGCAGUUCCCUUCCCCAGGACCCAGAGUGCCCUCCUGACUCCCUGUCUUCUGAUGAUAGCACUUUGUUGGAAUCAAGGAUUACGCUUGAGAAGGGUGAGCAGGACAGUAAAGGUGUUUCCCAGGCGGUUGCCUCUGUGAAACAUCAAGAUUAUACUGCACCCGCUUGCCCAGCAGGUAUUCCCUGUGCUCUCUUUGCGUUGGUACCUGAAUCCUUGUUGCCUCUCCAUAUGGAUCAACAGGAUGCUAUAGGAAAUGAAGAGCCAGAGACAUCACAGCAAACAGAUGAACAGGAUCCCAAAAGCCAGAUAAGAGCCUUUAGAGACCCCCUACAGGAUGACACUGGGAUGUACAUUACUGAGGAAAUCACCUCCUCUGAAGAUAAACGAAAGACUUACUCUUUGACAUUUAAACAAGAAUUAAAAGAUGUGAUCCUCUGUAUCUCUCCAGUUAUUACAUUCCGGGAACCUUUCCUUUUAACAGAAAAGGGGAUGAGGUGCUCAACUCGAGAUUAUUUUCCAGAGCAGAUUUACUGGUCUCCUCUCCUCAACAAAGAGGUGAAGGAAAUGGCGCUCAGGAGGAAGAAACAGCUGCUCAGGGAUCUCUCUGGACUUCAGGGCAUGAAUGGCAGUGUUCAGGCCAAGUCUAUUCAAGUCUUACCCUCACAUGAGCUAGUGAGCACCAGGAUUGCCGAGCAUCUGGGUGAUAGCCAGAGCUUGGGCAGAAUGCUGGCUGAUUAUCGAGCUAGAGGAGGAAGAAUUCAGUCAAAACAUUUGGACCCUUUUGUGCAUUCAAAAGAUGCAUCAUGUGCUUCAGGGUGCAAGUCGGGAAACAAGACUGAGGGCGAUGAAGAGAGGGGCUCGGUCCCAGGCGAUGCCGUGUGGGCGACAAAGGUGGACUGCCUGAACCCUGCCAACCACCAGCGGCUCUGUGUCCUCUUCAGCAGCUCCUCGGCCCAGUCCAGCAAUGCCCCCAGCGCCUGUGUCAGCCCUUGGAUUGUAACAAUGGAAUUUUAUGGAAAGAAUGAUCUUACACUGGGAAUAUUUUUAGAAAGAUACUGUUUCAGGCCGUCUUACCAGUGCCCUAGCAUGUUCUGCGACACCCCCAUGGUACACCACAUUCGACGCUUUGUUCACGGCCAGGGCUGUGUGCAGAUAAUCCUCAAGGAGCUGGACUCUCCAGUGCCUGGGUAUCAACAUACAAUUCUCACAUACUCCUGGUGCAGAGUCUGCAAACAAGUAACACCAGUUGUUGCUCUUUCAAAUGAAUCCUGGUCUAUGUCAUUUGCAAAGUACCUUGAACUUCGGUUUUAUGGGCACCAGUACACACGCAGAGCCAAUGCUGAGCCAUGUGGUCACUCUAUCCACCAUGAUUAUCACCAGUAUUUCUCUUAUAACCAGAUGGUGGCAUCCUUCAGUUAUUCUCCUAUUCGGCUUCUUGAAGUGUGUGUUCCACUACCAAAAAUAUUCAUUAAACGUCAAGCCCCACUGAAAGUGUCCCUUCUCCAGGACCUCAAGGACUUUUUUCAGAAAGUUUCACAGGUAUACCAAGCUGUUGAUGAAAGACUUGCAUCCUUGAAAACGGAUACAUUUAGCAAAACAAGAGAGGAAAAAAUGGAAGAUAUUUUUGCACAAAAAGAGAUGGAGGAGGGUGAGUUCAAGAACUGGACUGAGAAGAUGCAAGCAAGGCUUAUGUCCUCCUCUGUGGAUGCCCCUCAGCAGCUGCAGUCCAUCUUUGAGUCCCUCAUAGCCAAGAAGCAGAGUCUCUGUGAGGUGCUGCAAGCGUGGAACAGCAGGUUGCAGGACCUUUUCCAGCAGGAAAAAGGUAGAAAGAGGCCUUCGGUUCCUCCCAGUCCUGGGAGACUGAGACAAGGUGAAGAAAGCAAGAUAAGUGCACUUGACACAUCUCCAAGGAAUAUUUCUCCAGGACUUCACAGUGGAGAAAAAGAGGAUCGCUUCUUGACGACCCUGUCCAGCCAGAGUUCCACCAGCUCUACCCAUCUCCAGCUGCCAACUCCUCCUGAGGCCCUGGCUGAGCAGCUAAUGGGAGGGCCCUCCGACCUGGACACAGCCAGUGGCUCUGAAGAUGUAUUUGAUGGGCAUUUACUGGGAUCCACAGACAGCCAGGUGAAGGAAAAGUCAACCAUGAAAGCCAUCUUUGCUAAUUUGCUUCCAGGAAACAGCUAUAAUCCCAUUCCAUUUCCUUUUGAUCCAGAUAAACACUACUUAAUGUAUGAACAUGAACGGGUGCCCAUUGCUGUCUGUGAGAAAGAGCCCAGCUCCAUCAUUGCGUUUGCACUCAGUUGUAGAGAAUACCGAAAUGCCUUAGAGGAACUGUCCAAGGCAGCUCUGUGGGACAGCGCUGAAGAAGGGCCUCCAGCGAAUAGUGCUUUAGAUAACAGACCAAAGAGUAGCAGCCCCAUUAGAUUACCGGAAAUUAGUGGAGGACAGACAAACCGUACAAUAGAAGCAGAACCUCAACCAACCAAAAAAGCUUCAGGAAUGUUGUCCUUCUUCAGAGGAACGUCAGGGAAGAGCCCUGAUCUCUCUUCUCAGAAGAGGGAGACUUUACGUGGGGCCGACAGUGCUUACUACCAGGUGGGGCAGACCGGCAAAGAGGGGAUGGAGAGCCAAGGCGGGGAGCCUCAAGAUGAGGUAGAUGGAGGAGACACACAGAAAAAACAACUCACAAAUCCUCAUGUGGAGCUUCAAUUUUCGGAUGCAAAUGCUAAGUUUUACUGUCGGCUGUACUACGCGGGAGAGUUUCAUAAGAUGCGGGAGGUGGUUCUGGGGAGCAGUGAAGAAGAUUUCAUCCGCUCCCUUUCUCAUUCCUCACCCUGGCAGGCCCGGGGAGGCAAGUCAGGAGCUGCAUUCUACGCCACGGAAGAUGACAGAUUCAUUCUGAAGCAGAUGCCUCGUCUGGAAGUGCAGUCUUUCCUGGACUUCGCCCCACACUACUUCAGUUACAUCACAAGUGCUGUCCAACAGAAGAGGCCCACUGCUUUGGCCAAAAUUCUUGGAGUUUACAGAAUUGGUUAUAAGAACUCUCAAAACAACACUGAGAAGAAGUUAGAUCUCCUUGUCAUGGAAAAUCUUUUCUAUGGGAGAAAGAUGGCGCAGGUUUUUGAUCUGAAAGGUUCACUUAGGAAUCGAAAUGUAAAAACUGACACUGGGAAAGAGAGUUGUGAUGUAGUUCUGCUGGAUGAGAACCUCCUAAAGAUGGUUCGUGACAACCCUCUGUAUAUUCGUUCCCAUUCCAAAUCUGUGCUGAGAACCUCCAUCCAUAGUGACGCCCAUUUCCUUUCAAGCCACCUCAUUAUAGACUAUUCUUUGCUGGUUGGUCGAGAUGACACUAGCAAUGAGCUGGUAGUUGGAAUCAUAGAUUAUAUUCGAACAUUUACAUGGGACAAAAAGCUUGAGAUGGUUGUGAAGUCAACGGGAAUUUUAGGAGGACAAGGUAAAAUGCCAACUGUGGUCUCUCCAGAGUUGUAUAGGACUAGAUUUUGUGAAGCAAUGGACAAAUAUUUCCUGAUGGUGCCGGACCACUGGACAGGGUUGGAUCUGAAUUGCUGAAAUUCUGCAGAUGAUUUGAAGUAGACUGUGAAGGAACGUGGAUCUGAGCAAGAGACCCAACUGUAUGACAUGUUUAUUUUUUUGUCUCAUCUAUCACCGAACACAAAGGCCUUUCAGUUCUGUGAUUGCCCAUCGACUUUCUUUAGACUGUUCAUAACUGCAGGGUCAAAGCUCUGUGAAUUGUACUUUGCUUCUGCUACUUGAAAUUAGCUACCUGUAAAGCGGGGAACUAUACAGAGUUAAAUACAGGUUCCUCUCCAGGGGCUGUGAUCGGAGAUGACUGUGUAGGGCAAGAAACUGAGUAAAGCUCUGUCUGCUAGACUGCCACUAUCCGAUAGACCGUGACUGUCUGCUAGACCACGACUAUCUGAUAGACCGCGGCUGUCUGCUAGACCAUGACUAUCUGAUAGACCACAGCUGUCUGCUAGACCGUGACUGAUAGAUUGUGGCUAUCCGAUAGAUUGUGGCUGCCUGGUAGACCGUAACUGAUAGAUUGUGACUAUCCGAUAGAUUGUAGCUGUCUGGUAGACUGUGAGUGUCUGGUAGACCGUGACUAUCUGUCUAAUAGAUUGUAACUGUUUGGUAGACUAUGAUAGAUUAUGACUGAUAGAUUGUAGCUUGUCUGGUAGACUGUGCCUGUCUGACAUCACAUUUGACACUUUUUCCCUGAGACUUACAGACUUGCUUAGUUCAUUUUAGGUUUCCUGUGUAGUAACUUUUUGUGUGUACUUAUAAUUUCUGAAAUAUUUAGGAAAGUUCUUAUUUACUUCACUAAUUGCCAAUUAAACAGAUUGGUGCUUGCUUUAUUAGGAAUUUGAUUAAACUGGGAAUCCUGUCAUACUCUGUAUUCUCCAGCUCACCUUGUUUUUAAUUGUAUUUGAGGCUUUUAUUUUUGCGGGUGGUACGAGCCUCUAACCAGUGCUUUAAAGCCUUUCUUAGAGCACUACAAGGAGCUUGUGUAAAGCUUCUGUGCAGGUGUGCCAAGCAGCACUUAACCUGCACAUGCAUUCACAGACUGGAUGUUUCUCUAAUUUUGGGGAAACAGAAUGAGCAGGAAAUGAAUCUGUAGUCACUGAAUCCCAAACUGAAUAAUUAAUAAUGAAGGAUUUUUUUGAUAGUAAAAGAUAGAUUAGACCCAAUCUAAGAAACUGAGAGAGAAGGAAUAAUUGUUUUGUUUUGUUUUGUUUUAUAGUGGUAAAGUGUCUUUCAACACUGUUAGCAGUUUAAUGAGAUCUAUAAAGUAAAAAGGUUUCACUGUGGAUAUUCUCACUUUUAAGUUUUUACCACACUGACCAGUGCUGCUGAGAAAUGCUGAGAGGUGAAGUUAUUCCUAUUUAAGGACCGUGUUACUAACCAGCAGUCUUGUCUAAAAGGUGACUAGGAAUCCCGAACUAUGAGAUGCUUUCACCCCAGAAAAUAAUAAAAAAUAUGUGAACAUUUCCUCUUGGCUUUUAUGUGACAAGGAUAUUUGGGCAUUUAUAAAGUUGUAAUUCAAUUUUUUUCAAACUUCCUCUAAUAGCACAUCAAUAUUCACAGAAAAAAAAAAGGCUGGAUGUAUUGUGCUACACCUAAACUAGGCACAUGUCUGACAGGUUUGCUGUAGAGAGUGAAGUGGUAGCUAACUAUUUGUUUAUUGAGAGCUUUAGUCUUGAAUUCAGAGCAAAGCUGAAUAAGGAUGUACGUCUACCUGAUGUUGCACCUUGUGAAGGUGGACCAAACACUGGAGAGUCCAGUUGUGACGUCAAGGUCAGUAAAGGAGCUGUGCAGACAUGCAGACUGCGUGUGUGCUGCUUCUGCGCAUCCAGAAGCAAAGGCUUUCAUGUCUGGUUUGAAAUGCCAGCUCCGUUCAUUCUUUCUGUCUGGUUGGUUAGGGCUGUAUGUCCUCCCUACUUCCUCUGGCUGUACUGAUGCCUUUCCCUGCUGUGUGUGGUUGUUUUUGUUUUUCUUGUUGGUUUCAGUUCAGUGCACAUAGCUGAGCUCCAGGGAGGGCAGGAACCCCUGACAGGAGCAUGGUGUGCCCAACCUCUCUUGCCCCUGACUUGAAAAGCAAUUUUGCUUUUUAAAGUAUUGUUGCCUCUGGUAUUUUGGUAGCUAAACUUUCUGAGGCAAGAUUAUUGCUUUGAAAGCUUGAGUUUUCCUUUUAAAAUUAAUGUUUGGCUGGUAUUAAUGAAGGGGAAUUGCAUAAUUGAUCUGUCUUGCGAGAUACAAGUGUGUGACUCCUGGCUGCUUGCAUUUAGCCGCUGCCAUCGAUAUGUAUGUUUAUACAGUAUUUCAAAUGCUUUCAACUGAAUGACUGAUUUCCUCUUGAACUUUCUUUCAUGGCCCAAAGAAUUUUAAUGUUGAGAAGCUGUGAAUAAGGAAGAAAUCUCAUGCUCAGACUAUAAAAUGAAUUUCAAAGUAACUGAUAGUAACAUGAGAGAAUUAUGUCAACAUAUUGCUUUGUAUAAAAAAACUUAUUUAUAAAUUGAAGCUUUUUGAUGAUAUAAAAUUUUGUUUAAAAAUUAGAAGAGACUUAAUUUUUUUUUCUCUGCCUGAGGGAAGAAAGGAGAAAUGAGCUGUUGUGAGCCCCUUUGUAGUCUACUGUGUGCUUUAUGGGUUCUUAAGGUCCUAAAGAAAUCUAAGCAUCUGUAUAAAUAAAAGGGUCAUUCAGAUCAACAUUGGCUCGUGUGACAGCUUUGUGGCUGACUGUUUUUGGCCCUUUAACCAUCAGCAGUGGGUUUCGUGGAAAUGCCAAGGUGAGUUAUUAGCCUGUAGAAAGUUAGCAGAGUUUCGACUGUGAGAACUGUUGCCGGUGAGCCUGGUGGAGUCUGACCAGGACAUUCAUGCUCUCUCAGUGACUUACGCAGUAUUCAGAAUACCUAGUGCAAUGCCUUUUUUCUCUUUUUUGGUUGUUUUUGUAACGGGUGCAGUGUAUUAUAGGAAAAAAUGAAAAUUACAAUCAUGAGCAGUUUUGCUAACGCUGCGUUGUCAGUUUUAUAAAGGGAGAUGUACAUAAUGUCUUUCAACAGGUUUUAACCAGAAGAAAUAACAUUGUAAAUCACAGUAGCCUCCUAAUUUAAUAUGAAAAACUCAAUAUUAAAAGUACUUAAUGUAUUGAAAUGUAUAUAUUUCUCUAACCUUGUUUCCAAUGUUUUAUAUGAUUGACAUAUUAUUUAAAGAUAACCCUAACCUUUUAGAGACUUGUACUGUAAAUAAAGAGGACCUACAAUAAACGAAUUUACAUA